AGAACAGCUGACACCACAUGUGCUCAUCUAUCACAGAGCAAGUAAUUAUUCAUCUAUAAAGAAGUCAAGGAAUAAAUAAAACGUGGUUGCAUUAAUAUAAAAUUGACAUAGUUUUAAAGUAAGCCUUUUGUCCAUAUUGAUAUCCCUGUGUAAAAGAAAAUUACUGGUUACAUUAAAUGCAACAAUAUGUUAUGCAGAAAAUGUAAUUCUGAAGGAACAUUAGCAAUAAGAAACGUUUACUUCUUUUGUGAAAAUUGUUUCAUAGCUAAUAUUACACAUAAAUUUCGAUCAUGUCUUGGGAAAAAUACAAAAUUAAACUUAACAGAUAAGGCCCUAAUUUGUUUAUCUGGAGGAAUAUCAUCCACAGUUUUAUUGGAUUUAGUUAUAAACGGUGUCUCAUUAAAUAGUCAUAAGAAACUUCGGAUUACACCAAUAUUUUUGCAUGUAACAGGACUCCAGGAUGAAUGUGAAGAAGCAAUUACAAAACCAUUAAUUGACAAAUGCAAAGUUAAUCAUUUAGUAUUUCACAUUGUGGAUGUUAAUCAGUUUACUUCAACAGAAAAUGAUGAUAUAAAUAUUUUUGACAUACAACAUAAAUUAAAUAAACUUUCUCCAACCACAAGAAUUGAUUAUAUAUCUAAAGUAAAGCAACAAAUUUUUUACAAGAUGGCUAAGGAAUUUGAAUGUAAUUUAAUAUUCACUGCAGAAACAAAUACAAAGUUAUCUGAAAAAUUACUGACCAAUAUAGUUACAGGAAGAGGGUCCCAAAUAGAAAAUGAUGUCGGAUUCUGUGAUGACCGUCACACUGAUAUUGAACUUUUGAGACCUAUGAGAGAAAUAACCAAAGAAGAACUUUACCAUUAUGUAAGAAUAAAGGAAUUAAAUCCCUAUUAUGGUAACAAUUUAGGAGAAGGAAAUAGUUUACAAUCAAUCAUUUCAAAGUUUAUAUGUGAUCUGCAAGAAAAUACUCCUGCUACAAUUUCCACAAUUUGCAAAACAGCUGACAAAAUUGGUUCUGAGGAAGGAAAUAAGAAUAAGAAAUAUUGUAAAACUUGCCAGAAUAAAAUUGAUGUUAAAUCUACCAAAUUAACUGCUGUUGCUGCAAUAGCUUACUCAAAAAAAGUUUCAUGUAACUUGAAAAGUGAAAGUAUACACAUGGAAGAUAAUAUUUUAUCAGAAAGUUCGGUGUUUCCCCAUAUUUAUGAAUCUCUAUGUUAUGGAUGUAGUAAAAAUUACUGUGAAAUAAAAACGGAGAUAUAAAUUAUUAUUAUAAAGCAAAGAAAGAUAAGUAUACUUAAACAAAUAAAUUAUAAUAAAAAUA